GGUGCCUGGACGUCGUAGCGGCGCGCCGCUCGUGUCGAUUCGGCGGUGGUAGGAGGCCGACGGAAUGGUUCUUCGAGGUCGAAUGGAAGGAGUCGAUGAGAGGCGUCGCCGGCGCGUGUUUCGUGGUCGCCGGCGCUUCCGCUUCUCCUCUGAUUGCCAGCUGCAGGGGUAUGAGCCUCAAUCGAUUGAAGAAAAACAAAAGCUUUACAUGCUAUUCAGAAGCCUAAAUUUUAAUGGCGAAUCAGCAUCUGCACCUAUAUCUGAGCCAUACACGCCAACAUCCCAGAGCAUAGGUGGCCAUUCCAUCGAUGAAUUCUAUUCACCCAAACUUGGAGGUGAAUUCGGAGCUGGCCUUUUGGAUCUUCAUGCAAUGGAUGACAGUGAGCUUCUUUCUGAGAAUGUAGCAUCAGAACCGUUUGAAGCCUCAACCUUCGUGCCAAAGGAAACUGAUGACGAUGAGGACGAUGUAAUGUCAGGAAGCCAGCAAGGUCUAUGAGAAAUUUACAGCGGUGCAAUCACCAGCGAAAAAGAGAACAAUACUAGAGAAAUAAUGUAGCAAAGAUUAAAGUUGUGGUGAGGAAGAGACCUCUGAACAGAAAGGAGAUA